ACCCCUCACUUAGAGCCCGUUUGAAUUGACUUAUAAGUUGCUUAUAAGCUGUUUUUAAUUUUUUUGAGUGUUUGACUGGUCAACUUAAAGUCAUUUUGUGCUUAAAAUAAGCUCAAAAAAAUAAUUGGACUCAUUUAAUUUAGCUUAUCUAAAACACCUUAUAAAAUAAUUUAUAAGCAAAAAAAAAAUAAGUUAAAUUAUAAGUUAGAUUACAAUUUUUUUUUUUUUUUUAGCUGUUUGCUGCUCACAAGCGUAGGUAUUGUUACAGGCUUUUAAACUGAAAUUGCCAAGGUGAACUGUUCCAAUCUUUUUCAGUUUGGGUGUGCUGUUAAAUCUAGUAUUCAUUCUUGUGCUUCCCUGUUUCAAGAUUGCUUGAAUUUCGCAUUAGAGCUUGAGCUUGUCUAGGGAUUAGAUAGUUUCUUUUUGUUAGAUGGGGUAUUGAUAUUUUGAAGAAAGGUGUCAAAAGUACAAGUGAAAUGGAUUCGAUAGACCCGCGUUGCAUACAUGCACAAGCCAUUACAACAGGCGCCGCAAAAUCUAACCGUGCAGUCCUAAACAACCUCAUUACUCUCUACUCUAAAUCCAAUCUCCCUUCACAAGCCGCCCGUGUAUUCCAGUCAAUCCCAUCACCCAAUGUCGUCUCAUGGACAGCUCUCACAUCAGCGUUCUCCAAUUCCCCACUCUCCUUUCAUCAUUUUAUUGCCAUGCUUCGUCACCCUUCAAGAAUCCUUCCCAAUUCCCAUACUUUAACGUCUCUUCUCAAAACAUGCGCUUCUCUUACUGCACUUACCUUUGGGUUACAACUCCAUUCUGUAGCUGUGAAGUUGGGUUUCUCUUCGGAGUUGUUUACGGCGUCAUCUCUUGUUUCGUUGUAUUUUAAAACUGGGUUGUCGAGUAAUGCCAAGAAGGUGUUCGAUGAAAUGUCUGUCAGAGAUGCGGUUAGUUUCUCGUCGGUUAUUGUUGGGUUUGCUCAGAAUUCUAAGCCUAUUGAUGCUUUGUCGUGUUUCGUUGAAAUGAGGAGGAGUGGUAUGGCAUCUACUAUGGUUAGUGUUUCUGGAGCUCUGCGGGCGGCUUCUGAUAUGGCGAUGCUUGAACAAUGUAGGAUUAUUCAUGGGCACGCGAUGAUAACGGGGCUUAAUUUGAAUGCGAUUGUGGGCAGUGCAUUGAUUGAUGGGUACGGGAAAUGUGGGCUUAUCGGGGACGCUCGUGGAGUGUUUGAUGAGAUAGAAAUGGAACUCAAUAUUGUCGGGUGGAAUGCGAUGAUGGCAGCACAUGCUCAACAAGGGGAGCAUGACAAUGUCAUAAAGCUUUUCACUUUAAUGGAAGAACGGGGAAUGGUGCCGGAUGAGUAUAGUUUCUUAGCUAUUUUGACGGCAUUUUACAAUGCUGGUUUAGUUGAAGAGACUGAGAUAUGGUUCAGGAGGAUGACGGAAGAGUACAGUUUGGAGCCGUGCAUUGAACACUAUACGUGUUUGGUGGGUGCAUUGGGAAAAGCAGGGCGUCUAGAGGAGGCAGAGCGAAUUGCUUUAACCAUGCCUUUUAAGCCGGAUGCUGCGUUAUGGCGAGUAUUAUUGUCUAAAUGUGUGCAUCAUGUGAAUAUGGAUAUUGCAUGGAGGAUGAGUGAUAGGUUGUUGGAGAUUAACCAAAUGGAUGAUUCGGCUUAUGUGAUUCUGGCAAAUGCUUAUGCGAGUGCAGGGAGGUGGGAUGAAGUGAGGGAGGUGUGGAAGAGAAUGAAGGAUAAGAAAGUGAGGAAGGAAGGUGGGAAGAGUUGGAUUGAAGCGCUGGGAGAGGUUCAUGUGUUUUUAGCUGGUGAUAGGAGGCAUGAGAGGACCGAUGAGAUUUAUGCUAAGUUAGCAGAGUUAAUGGAGGAGAUUGAGAAACUGGGUUAUGUGCCUGUAUGGACUGAAAUGUUGCAUGAGGUAGAAGAGAAGGAGAAGAAGAAAGCACUUUGGUAUCACAGUGAGAAGUUGGCAUUGGCAUUUGGCUUGUUGAAUGGGACAGCACCACCCGGUAAAGCUUUACGGAUUGUGAAGAAUUUGAGAAUUUGCAGGGAUUGUCAUGAGGCAUUUAAGUAUAUUAGUAGACUUGUUGAGAGAGAGAUUAUAGUGCGGGAUGUUAACAGAUACCAUAGGUUCUUGAAUGGAAGCUGCAAUUGUGGAGAUCAGUGGUAAGUUUUGAUAAAGGAGAUCAAUGGUAAGUUAUUGAGAAGAAAUCUGAGUAAGGAGAUCUGUUGUAGAAGAAGACCUCAAACUUGAUCAAUACUUAUUGAGAAGAAAUCUGAGUAAGGAGAUUUGUUGUAGAAGAAGACCUAAACUGACGUCUUGCUCUGCAUUCAACCAAUAAUGGUACAAGAUCAAAUCCUAUUUGGUGUUGUGUUGUUAGUCGAGCUGUACAUUUCAUAAUUCAGAUACAUUGGAGUUUUAGGUGAAUACCAAUCUGAACUUGAAAGAGGAAUUACCUCAUUAAGUUACUUUAAUUACUCGCAAGGGUUUCCUUGAAUUUUUUUAAUCCUAUUAUUCUCAUGACUAAAUUACUGCAUCAGAGAAGAUCCUUAACGACCAACUGGCUAUUAGAUUUUGUACAAGAACAGAUGAUAAGACCACAUGCUGCAAUUUCCAAGAUAUGAUGAAUAGCAAGUCAUACUUUUCUUUUGGUAUUUAUAAUGUUUUUGGUUAGUGUAUAAUCCUAAUGAGGAGCUGUGCUUUUAAAUGAUGGUUAAUAGGUCAUCUACUUCAUGCAUCACUAUUAUCCUAGUGGGUUUUUCGUCCAUAUGCAUUGGUCGCUCUUCUUUUUGGUUCUUAUUUCCUUUGUGAAGAGCUUUUAGGUAGACAAAUUGGAAGAAACAGAAAAAGUACAAUAAGACUUAAUUCUUUGCACCUAAAACCUUUCUUCUACUCCUCAUCUCAAAAAAAAUAAAAAAAAAUUAAAAAUUUUCUUCUACUCCAGGGAUUGCAACGCUUCUGUACAGAGCAGAAAAUUAAGCUGUCAAAGGUAUGGAGAUGUAUAAUUAUUUGCACUAAAAUCAGGGUUAUAGUUCCCAACUGUUCUUUUCUAAGUAUGAUGCUGAUCUUGUAGUGAAAGGUUCAUAUACGCUUUUAUUCCCAUUCUUCUUUCCCAGAUUGAUCACAUAUUUCUCUCGCGAGUCUGUUCAGAAGUUGCAGGUGGACUCCCAGGUUUGUUUCUAAUCUAUCUAUAUAUAAUAGGAGAGGCAAAAGCAUGAUAGGAUGACAAGUGUCAUCACCACAAAAUUUCUAUUUUAAAAUAUUAAAAGUGCAAUUUUGUAAACAAAUAAUAAUAAGAAGAAAAACCCACGUUUGCAGUUUUUUUAAAGAAACAAAUAAUCUGGAAAUAAGUAAAUGAAAAAAACUAAAAACUGCCACUGAUACUAAAACUGUCAAGUAGAAACCACCAACUAUACUCCCACUUCCCCAAUUAUCUCAACUGCACUAGACACAUCUUAUAUUCACGGAUAAAGGACGUUUUUUGCAUCUUAAAAACACAAACAAUGAACCAGAAGUGAAAGCAUUGUACAAGUUCUUUAAGAAACAUCUUACAAAAUGAUGGUUUGAUAUAUAAGGUGGGUUAUUCUUUUUUUUUUUUUUUUUUUUUUUUUUUUUUAAUUUCCUCUUUUGUGCUUUGGUUAUUAUUGCUUUAUUACUUGAAUUUAUAAUCCCUCUGUCCCGUUUGUUUUAAUUUUAUCUGUUUGUGGUAUUGUUAUAAGUUGAGUAUAGAAUAUUAUGUGUAAAAGAUGACAGGAAAUUCAUGCCACCAUCGGGAUGAAUGUUAUCAAGAUGUAGUGAAUACUCAUACAUUAAUUUUUUGCUUAAAAUAGGGUUUACAGGAUGAAAAGGUAUGGUAAAGUUCUUCAUGUAUGUAUGUGCAUAUUUAUUAUCUCUAACCUUUGUUUAAUCAUCUCUCCACUGAUACAUAUAAUUAUCUAUCACUCCAGGAAAAUAUUUUUCCAUACUCAUUAGAUUGAAAUAUGUUAAGCCAUGUUUUGAUGUUUGUGAUAAAGUUUAUGCUCCGACGCUUUUUAAUUUAUACAACAACAACAACAACAACCCAGUGAAAUCCCACAACGUGGGGUCUGGGGAGGGUAGAGUGUACGCAGACCUUACUCCUACUAAGGUAGGAUGGCUGUUUCCGAGAGACCCUCGACUCAAUAAAAACAUAAAAAGAGGUCAGAUACGCUUUUUAAUUUAUAUUCGGGAUAUUUUUUAUCUUUGCAUAUGUCCUUUUUUCCACUUUGUUUAACCGAAGGAUUAUCAGUUAUUGUCGGGUUUAAAAAAUUCAUAUUUUACACUUACGUAGGUAAGAAAAUAUGAAGAGCAUAAAACUUGAAGAGUGGUACUACGUUGAUCUACUUUAAUCUAUUUACGUGUGAUGUACAUUUUUCAGUUAAUAAAGAGAAUUGUCUUUCCUAGAGUUUACAAUUUUCAAUCGUUUUGUGCUUAGAAGGAUACAACAACAACAACCCAGUGAAAUCCCACAACGUGAGGUCUGGGGAGGGUAGAGUGUACGCAGACUUGACUCCUACCAAGGUAGGACGGCUGUUUCCGAAAGACCUUUUGUGCUUAGAAGGAUCUGUUCAUAUAAAUAUCCAUGGCUUGCAUUAUUAAUUCAAAGUUCUUAGUUUUGUUCAUGCGAUAGUUGUAUCAUCUCGUGUAUUUUGACAAGACUGUUUAAACAUUAAAGGUGUAGGUGGUCUUAGAUAUCUCACAAGAUUACAUGCAUGCUCUUAACAUUUGAUUCUUUUUGUAAUAUGAACAUUUCAUUGCUAAUAUAAUUAAAUUACACUUUAUUUUUUUUUAUUGCACGUAAUAUACAAUAAUUAUUAUUACAACUAUCAUAGCUUUGGAUGAAUUCAAAAUUACAAUUUAGCUUUAACUAUGAAUUAGGUUGAUUAUAGGUACAAUGCUAAUGUAAGAAAACGAAUUAUAAUUUCAUAGAAGAAUAUAACGUACAAAAAUUGAGAUAAUGCUAAAGUGUUGAUAUUUACAUUUUAAGUAAUUUUAAAAAUAAUAUAAAAUAAAGAAAAUAUACAGAAGUGUUAUUCAUAAAUUUAAACAACUGAGGAAUGUGAAUAAAAAAAAAUAAGAUUCUAAAAAUUAAAAAAAAAUUAAAAAUUAAGGUAAGAAAAAUAUUUUUAAAAAAAUUAGUAAUUGACAAAGAUAUUAUUCAUAAAUUUAGACAACUGAGAAAUGUGAAUAAAAGAAUAAGAUUCUGGGUAAAAAUAUAUAUUGUAAAAUGUGAGUUACUAACAAGGAUAUUAAACCAAUUGACAAGCUAAUAAAAAUAUUUUAUGGUUCGUUUCUUUUAAUUUCAUAAUAAUUUUGGUAUUGCAUACAUUGAAAUGAGCAACAAAUGACAUUGUAAUAUAUUUAAGAAUGAAAUUAAAUAUCCAAACGUUGCUACAGCAUUAGCAAAAGUAUCAACAUUUGUAGUAAUGAAUAACAUACUUAACCCAAUACUAAUAGACACUUGCAAGUUAGUGUUGCUUGAAGUUGGUAAUGCAGAUAUUAGCACAUAUAGAAUAAAGGAAAUGAGGCUGGUUGCUGACCAUUUAUCAAGCAUGGCUGUUGCAAUUUGAAUCUUUUCGAUAACUUCAUAUUAUAUGUUAAUUCACCAUCUUAUAUUCCAUAAUCUUUUUCCAAUGAUUGUAAAGGUAAUAUAUUUCCUAUAAAGACCAAACUAUAUAAAGAAGUACAUUACUAUAAUUUUCAAUUCUACUAUAUAAAAAAAAUACUACAAAGAAAAAAAGUCGUCAGUUGAUAUUCCAACAAAGUGAUAUGAAACAUGCUUAAACAGUUGGAUUUAAUAUCGGCCGCGCAUCGCGCGUGUUUAGAUACUAGUAGCUUUUUAAGGGUGUAGAAUAAAGGUUGUUACCCUACUGAGUGCCUAAAACAAUCAAUGCUGGAAAGAUAGAAGUGCUGACUUAAUGAUUACCGGAGAUUGUUUAAGAACCACCAAAUAUGUUAAAUCCUUUUACUUGCAGGUCUUUUAUUAACUUUGGCUGCCAUGGGAGAAGAAGGAAUGUCUGUGAGUGUCAGAUGAGCUUGGUUUACUUGUAAUAUUUUGAUCAGAUAAUUAACUGAAAUACACGGUCUUUACAAAAUGAUGCCAAUUACAAUAUUUAUUUUGAAGGUCAACAUAUGGGUCAUUCUGAUCUCAAGUAAAGGUAAAUGCAAUGAAAUCAUUCAUCCCAAAUGCUGCCAUGGUCCAUGCACAGAGUUUUAGCGAUGAUCUCUUUGUUCCUAUUGGCGAUGAGGUUGUCAAAAUAUCUGCUGUUCUGGUGCGACCAUGUAACUCAAAAGUGUGUGACACGACAAAGGAAGGAUCCUCUGAGCUGGAUGAUCCACUAGUUGCUGUCAAUCAUUUGGCAAAAACAUUUCAGUACAAAGGAUGCAUUCCACAGCUGAGUUUGCAUUAAAGCCUGCGGAUAUUUCGGUUGUUUAUAUCUGUGAGUUGCCUGAAAUUAAGGGAAAAAUUGGUCCAAACAAGACUUGCUCUUGGGUUGGGGCGUGGCCAAAAUACCGUGAAUUGCAACUUGAGAAUUCAGUAGUCAGAUCGCCAAGACAGCAUGUGAGCAUUGCGCAGGUUCACCUUAGUGAAGUAUUUGGGGCCUUCUGUUCCUGGUCCUAUUGUACUCGUUGUUGACUGUCCAACACCAUCCCAUCUGCAAGAAUUGUCGUCUAUACAUUCUUUCACUCCAUAUUACUCAUAUCCAUCCGAACAAUCCAAGGAAAUGUGCAAAAAGGUUGAUUGUGUUAUAUAUCUUAGUCCUGCUUCAGUAACAUGUACAACUGAAUAUCAGCAAUGGCUGUCAUGAUUUGGUGAGGCACAGCACAUCAUGGCAGGACAUCAGCAGAAAAAUGUUGAAAUUCCAAUUCUGAAAUCGAGUGCAAGAAUCUCCUCAAGACUUAACUCCUUGUCCCCUCAAUUCUUUCCUUCCCCUGGUGUUUGGCCCCUUCCGCAGUUGAAGAGCUUAUCUUCAGUCUCUAAGGUCCCAAUUGAGUUCUCUCUUCCAGCUUCAUGUGAAGUUAUUAAGGCGGGGAAGAGUUUAUAUAAUUUGAUCCGACUGCUCCUGGCGUAAAUUUAGAAUCCAAGGAAAUGUGCAUAAAGGUUGAUUGUGUUAUACAUCUUAGUCGACUUGUUGAGAGAGAGAUUAUAGUGCGGGAUGUUAACAGAUAUCAUAGGUUCUUGAAUGGUAGCUGCAAUUGUGGAGAUCAAUGGUAAGGUUUUAGAACUUGAGCCGAGGGUCUAUCAGAAACAGCCUCUUUACCUACCAAGUUAGAGGUAAGGUCUGCGUACACUCUUGAUUCUACCCUCCCCAGACCCCACUUGUGGGAUUACACUGGUAUGUUGUUGUUGUUGUUGUUGUAAUGGUAUGUUUUUUGAAGAAAUCUGAGUAAGGAUCUCUGUUGUAGAAGAAGACCUCAAAGGCUCAAACUGACAUCUUAUUGGCUGAGCACAAGAUCUUUGCCUUUUGUUGUUGAUUUGUUAACUGACAAAUCUGUUUAUUGAAAACCUUAAAGAGUUUGCUAGCGCUCAACCCCUCACUUGAAAUGAAGUUGUGCUCUCAAAUAAUUAGAGGUGUAUCCUUUGCAUGAAGAUAUCGUUUUCAACUUUCAAAACACUGGUAUUGACUUGCGUAAUAUAAGCCGUCUUGCUCUGCAUUCACCUAAUAAUGGUACAAAAGCAAAAUUUGCUGCUGAUUUACUAAUUGAGGUGUUUGCUGUAAAUAAACUGCUAGCUCAUGCUAUUGACAUUGUCAAACAGGCCAAGAAAAUUGGGUUUGAACUGAGUAUUUAUUCAUGUAAUAUCUUACUAAAAUGCUUGGCAGAAGCAAGCCAGGGAGAAUGAGGUAACUCUAUUUGAAGCAAUGAAGAAUUUCGGACCAUCACCUAAUGUGAGGACGACAUUCACAAUCAUGAAUGUGGAUGUAAAAGAAGCCUGUGAGAUUCUGAACAGAUAUGUGAUGAAUUAGCUAAAGACAUUGGUGAGGACAAAGCUGAAGUAGAAAGAGAUCAAAGAAGGAAUCUCCAUAAGUUCUAGAGGAGAUUGAACAUGAAGGAGAGAUGCUCCAGUUAGCUGACAGAUUGCGCGGGGAAAUGAACCACAGGAAACUAUCAGAGGCCAAAAAUCAGUUUUGAGGAGAAAUUUUUUGCUAUUGACAAGCUAAGGAAACAACUUGAAGCAUUCCUAGAAAAGAAAAAGGCCAAAGGUAGGGGAAAUGGUUCUCUAAAAUUCAGAUUUGAGUAAAAUUCUAUUAGGCGUUUCAUCAGAAUGAAGAAAAAGAAGAUGAUGGAGGAGAAGUGGAGAAUGUUGCAGACCGUGGGGAAGACUCAGCAGAAAUUGAUCUUCAUUCAAUUGAAUUGGACAUGUAUAAUGGAAAUAAGAGCUACGUUUGCCAUUCCAUCUGGUGUAGUUCGUGAGUCAACGAAUUUCGGUUGAUGAAAAAAGAAUGAGAAACUCCAUAUCUGGGCAGAGCGCAGAAGAAGCUCUUCCUUUCAAAGGAGCAUUUCUGGUGGAGUUGAGUAUAUCAAUCAAUGUGAAUGUAUUAGACAAGGAAAGGCUUCAUGAACUUGAGAAACUAGGCCAAAGAGCCUAGCGGAGGCAACAAUCCAAGCAUUAGUGGAUAGAGUUUAUCGGUACCUGUGCUGGUGGGAGUAACAUGUACCCCGUGGAAGUAGUCGAGGUGCAUGCAAGCUGGCCCAGACACAACGGUUAUUAAAAAAAGGAGAAUGUGCUUUGUUAUCAAAAAAGAAGACACGAGCAGUGAAGGACCUUAAGGAUCAUAUAUCUUCUACUUCUGCUACAAUAUAUGUAUCUUCUGUUCCAAUAAAUUUAGGCAAGUCAAGGUUUGAAUGUUAGAGCACUGUGCGUGAAUUUUCUUUUAGUUGCACUUACCAGGGGGCGGAUUUAGAGGGUACUGAGUGAACACCUUCAGCAAAAAAUUACAGUGUAUAUAUAGGGUAGAUUUUCUAUGUUUAUGUACAUUAUAUUAACUUUUGAAUAAAAGGGCAGCCCGGUGCACUAAGCUCCCGCUAUGCGCGCGGUCCGGGGAAGGGCCGGACCACAAGGGUCUAUUGUACGCA